UUUGCAAGUUAAAAUUUCAAGCUUUUCAAUUGAUGGUGAAGCCGACAAUCUGCAAACAAUCAUCUUCAGCAUCGCCGACGGAGUAUGUCGACAUAAACGGUAGUAAUGGUAGUAACACUUCAAAGUAUAAGGGUGUCCGGAAGAGGAAAUGGGGGAGAUGGGUGUCCGAAAUCAGGCUUCCCAACAGCCGCGAACGUAUUUGGUUAGGUUCUUAUGACUCGGCGGAGAAAGCGGCAAGGGCGUUCGACGCUGCGCUUUAUUGUUUACGUGGCCGCGAUGCUAAGUUCAAUUUCCCGGAAAACCCACCUGAUAUCGCCGGCGGGAGGUCGCUUAGUCCACCAGAGAUUCAGGUGGCGGCGGCUAGGUUCGCCAGGGAGGUGGAAACCGGCGGUGACGAUAACCAUAAUAAUAACAACAGGAUAGGGACAGAACAAUAUACGUCAUCUUCAUCGGUGUCGGUGUCGGAUGUGACAGCUGUGACAGCACAAGUGGCGGAGAGUGGUCAUCAUGACUAUAUGGAUUGGUCGUUUUUGAGCAUGUUGGAUAAUACCAAUUGUCAUGGGAUGUCCGAUUAUAGCUUUUAUUUGCCUAGCGUCGAUCAACUCUACACUCCUACGCCGCCGCAAAUGUUACCUCCUCCGCCGGUUGACGACGACUUCGACGAUGGAAACGCCGGCGACGCUUUUUCACCGUCAUCGUUUCUGGGAUAAUCUAUGAUUUUGGCGAUUUUUAGCUGCUAAAGUCACCGGUUUUCCCCAGAUAUACAGUAAGAUUCUGAUAUUCCAUUGACAUGGCUCAAGAUUUUUUUGCACUGUAUUCAUGGUUCCUGGAUUAAUUGCCUGUUGUAUACUCACAAAUAUACC